AUGGAGAGUCAACCACUUCCCAAAAAGACUAAAGCUCCACCUCCAACGCCUGAAGAGAUUGAAAGAAGGCGAGAAGCAAGGAAGAAUGAAGUGAUACCGCCAGGAGUAUCCAGACGUGAAUGGAAAAAGCAACAAAAACUUCAGCGAUGGGAAGAAACUAAAGACCAAUAUCGACAAGAUAUGAGAUUGAAAAAGAAACAACAACGCGAACGAAAACGCGAAAGACUCAGGAACGAUGAUGAAUACCGCAAUAGCGUUGCCAAGAGACCAAAAAGUCAGAUUGCCACAAAUGUAAACAUCGCCAUUGAUUGUGAAUUCGAUGAUUUGAUGAACCAAAAGGAGAUUGUAUCAAUGGCGAACCAGAUCAGGUCCUGCUAUUCAUCAAUGAGACAUUGCCAAUAUGAGUUACCUAUCCAGAUUCUAUCCUUCAAUAAGCGGCUCAAAGAGAGGUACGAAACUUCGAACCCUGAAUACACCUCAUGGAAAGGAAUCAACUUUCAAUCAGAACGCCUAGCUGAUCUAAUAACGCCAGAAAACAAACACCAAUUUGUUUAUUUGACUGCUGACACCGACAACGACAUUCAAGAGUUGAGUUCGGGUAAGACGUAUAUCAUCGGUGGGAUAGUCGACAAGAAUCGACACAAGAACUUGUGUUUUAAUAAAGCUAAGGAAAUGGGAUUGGCAAUGGCACGGUUGCCCAUUGGGCAGUAUAUAAAAAUCAAUAGUCGGGACGUGUUGGUGACUUCACAUGUGUAUGAGAUUAUGUGCCGUUGGUUUGAAUGUAAAGAUUGGCGAGAGGCAUUCAAUAAGGUCUUGCCGCCUAGAAAAGUGGUUCAAGGUGACGAUGAGAAGGAUGAUAUGAAUGGUGAGGAAGUAAAAAGAAAAGGUUGGUAA